AUGCAAUCCCGAUUAAAAUCCCCCCAAGACGCAAACGGGGGGGGGGGGGGGGGGGGGGGGGGGGGGGGGGGGGGGGGGGGGGGGGGGGGGGGGGGGGGGGGGGGGGGGGGGGGGGGGGGGGGGGGGGGGGGGGGGGGGGGGGGGGGGGGGGGGGGGGGGGGGGGGGGGGGGGGGGGGGGGGGCGGGGGGGGGGGGGGGGGGGGGGGGGGGGGGGGGGGGGGGGGUGGGGGGGGGGGGGGGGGGGGGGGGGGGGGGGGGGGGGGGGGGGGGGGGGGGGGGGGGGGGGGGGGGGGGGGGGGGGUGGGGGGGGGGGGGGGGGGGGGGGGGGGGUGGGGGGGGGGGGGGGGGGGGGGUGGGGGGGGGGGGGGGUGGGGGUGUGGGGUGGGGGGGGGGGGGGGGGGGGGGGGGGGGGGGGGGGGGGGGGGGGGGGGGGGGGGGGGGGGGGGGGGGGGGGGGGGGGGGGGGGGGGGGGGGGGGGGGGGGGGGGGGGGGGGGGGGGGGGGGGGGGGGGGGUGGGGGGGGGGGGGGGGGGGGGGGGGGGGGGGGGGGGGGGCCCAUUACAUUAGCAGACUGAAUUGCAAAAGCUCAUAG